CAACACUUGGACUUUUUUAAAAUAUAUAACACCACAAUUUAAAUGUACGUGUCUUUACUUCUCUGUUUUGCUUCUAAUAUUUGGUCUGGGUUAAGUUUAAUGAAGAUCUGAAAUUACAUUGAAUAUAUGUUCAUAUUUUUCGAUUUCAAAAAUUUGUUUUAAGCAUUAGUAGCCAUCAACCCCACGUCUGUCGGCAACAACCAGACAUGGAGAAGAGAUGAAGAAACCCAAGUCCUUUUAUUUUUGAAUGAAUAGGGUUUAAUUAUCACCUCUCUGUUGUCUUUCAUCAAAUUGAAAUGAAUUUCCUGCGUAAUCGUCUGGUUGUGCUGGGCCUGGUGUUGUUGGGCACAUUGGUGCUGUACCUGCUGCUGCCAUCCAUUCGCCAGGACACAAUGGGGCCAUCCAUCGAAGCUCAAAGAACUGGGCUGGUGGCAGUUGCUGCUCCCCCUGGAUCCCCGGCCCUCAAUGUGUCCGUUCGCACAGGACAGCUUCCUGGAGACCCCCCACUAUUCUUCCGAGAAGCUUUACCUGUUGAUCGAGACGGCCAGCAGAUACUGCCAAAGCUGCAGAUGGUCCUGCUGCAUGGCCAAGCCUUUACCUCCAAAACCUGGGAAGAACUGGGAACCAUGGCUGUGCUGGCAGCUAACGGAUAUCAGGCUUUAGCUAUGGACCUGCCAGGUUAUGGGAAAUCGCCAGACUCAGAGGCUCUAAAGACGGAGCAGAAUCGGGUGGACCUCCUCUCGCGGUUCAUGGAGUCCCUGGGAGUCAGGGCUGCUGUGCUUCUGAGUCCCUCGAUGAGCGGACAUUACUCCAUCCCUUUCCUCAUGAAGAACAGCGCACAGCUACGCGGCUUUGUUCCUAUAGCACCAGUUGGUACCCGGAGCUACUCUGCACAGCAAUACAAAAAAAUCCCGACUCUCACUCUGAUUGUUUUUGGUGCCCUGGACACGAAUCUGGGUGCCCAGUCUCACAAGAACCUCAUCCAGCUUCCCAAUCACGAGGUCCUGAAAUUAGAAGGAGCUCGGCAUGCUUGUUACAUGGACAAACCCCAUGAAUUCCAUCAAGGUUUGAUCAAAUUCCUUGACAAACUCAAGAAAGAUAUAUAGCAGAGGAGUAGAAGGUACUAAAGAUGCAAACAAAAGAUGAGCAAGGAAAGGCAAAGAAAAUCUGAAUUUUGAGUUUUUGGAAAUGCCAAAAAGUUUUACGUUAAUUUCAUUAUCAACCCUUCAAGUAAGAUCACGGGUAUCAGAUGGGAUAUGGGAGAUCAUAUCAGAUGACAGUGUUAUGAAUGUAAUGGGUUUUUAGUAGGGGUGCACUGAUGGCAUUUUUCUGGCCGAUAACCAAUCUUUAAAAAGCCUGACCUCCAACUUCCGAUUUUGGCCGAUACAUUUUUUAUUUUUUUUAAAUAAUUGACACUGUCAGGUGUUAUAAGGUCACAGAUACACCUUGAAUGUUCCAAUCUUAUCUUAUUGAAAAACAUUGAACAGUACCCAUGAAUCUAUACAAACUUGGUGAUAAGAUCGGUUUAACAUGUACAGGUGUUGGACAAUGAAACUGAAACACCUGGUUUUAGACCACAAUAAUUUAUUAGUAUGGUGUAGGGCCUCCUUUUGCGGCCAAUACAGCGUCAAUUCGUCUUGGGAAUGACAUAUACAAGU